UUAUUAUUCAGGUUGUAGUGUAUGGCUUAACUCGCCAUCAAACGACAAACGAAUGUUGAUGAACAGUAGAACUUUCAAUUUGCUGUUGGAAACCAGCUUGUACACAUGUGAGAAUCACAAAGCUAUCAGAGACUGUGAAAGGAAAUUCAUCCAGAAGAUCAGAAAAAACUCUAAACGUUACAGUAAACGAAGGCCGCUACCCUCCAUUUCAACAAUCCAUACAGCUUUACAACCCACUAAGAAAACCAUGUCGGUGUAUGACUUCAUGUCUACUGAAUCGGAUAGCGACGGCAGGGUUACACCUCCACGAUCCACAAACUCCUGUAAGUACAACCUUGCAGCUUUAAAGGACGUCAUCUCACGUCGUAGUAGGAUUCCAUAUACGGAGGAAGAAGUGGACAACAUCAUGAAGGGUGUGGAACAGUUUGGCACCCGUUGGAACCAGAUCCUUGUCACUUUCAAUUUCCAUCACUCAAGAACAGCUACUGACCUCAAAGACAAAUACAAAAGAUUGCUGGCCUCACAAUCGGAUAUUCCAGAAAAAAACGAAAGUAUUUGUCGACAACAAGGCCCCAAGGAAAAGAGGCAGCAAACUGUUUUCAAUGUGUGAGGAGCGGCGUUUGAUAAGAGGAGUAAAAAGGUAUGGUUACAACUGGAAGUCCAUUCUGAAGUCCUAUAGGUUCUCAAAGGGACGUUCUUCACAGGAUCUCCGCAACAGAUGGAGGACCAUGCACAGAAAAGUCACACAUGUAUGAUUCUUCUUGGUGGUCCCAGAAUUGUUGUUUUUAAAUUAUUUAAUAUGCUCUAAAACGUACUUCAAAGAGUCUUCGUUUACAGAUUGAGGAGCAUUCGCAAAAACAUCACACAUGUAUGAUUCUCCUCGAUGAUUCUAGAUACGUUGUUUUAACAUGAUUUAAUAUUUUUCAAACAUAUUUUAGUGAGGUUGAAUGAUAGUGUUUGUCAUCAUCAAUACAGUAAUAUGAAUUACUUGAAUCCAGUAUUGACAUUUUGUUUAAACCAGUUUGGUUAAUGUAGAAAUAUCAUUUAAGUGGUUGUUUCAUGUACUCUUCAUUAAGAAUUGGUCAUCAUUGAAAGUCUGUGAUAUAUUUAAUUUGUUGACUCGUUAACCUGGAAAUUGUAAUCAAAUCGCCCAAAAUUUUUCAGAAAAUUAUGGUUAUAACAGAAUAUAAUCAAAUGUGUUUAAUCUAUAGUGUUAUAUUAAUCAUUUUUAUCUCUGGUAGUGUCCAUGACGAUGACUUAAGUAGUUGUUUACUUUGUAUAAAAAUGUUCAUAUUUAACAGGAUUGUACAAGUACAUUGUAAAAUGAUGAUAUGAACCACAUGAUUUUUUAUUUUGUCAUCAUAGUAAGUUUUAAAAUAUACUAAUUUCUAAGUACAUGUAUGUAAAUUUCACUUCCUUUUUCUAUUGGGAAUGUGAUGAAUAUUUGUUAUUUGCUGUAUGGAUUUUAUGACAAUAUUUGGUAGAACAGGUAAAUAUUGUGCCAUUUAUAUGAUAUAUUUGUGGAAGCAUAUAUUUUUUCGAAUUAAUUCAAUUCCAGGCGUGCUAAGUGUAGGGUAUAAAAUAUCCAUGAGUUUAAUUUCUGUAAAUGAGUACGAUUAUGGACAGAUUAACCCUUCAAUGUUGCUGUCCGUGACCAUCAAAGGUCUUUGUUAAAUACAUUAAUUUAUUUGUGUUAAUUGAUGAUAUUAUUUAUGAAUACAUUGUUAAAAUAAAGUAACAUUCAUUAAAA